ACAAAAAAGAAAAAAACAUAAUCCUUUCUCUUCUCGUUAAGACUUGAGAGAUCCUUUUUCUUCUCUGAAAAUCAUCAUUCACAGAUCAGUUCUCUCUCCUAUCAACAAUGGCGGCGGCGGGAUUUUUCUCCAAUACCAAAUACUCCGACAGCUUAACACUCGUCGGAAUUUCAAUCUGCACAGCUAUAGUAUGUGAGGCAAUUUCAUAUCUCCUUAUAUACCGCACUACUUCAUACAAAUCCCUCAAAUCUACAAUCGAUAAAGCUUCAAAAAAGCUCGAAACUAUGAAGACUCAGGAACCGGUUCCGUCUGUACUCACUAAGAAGUCGAAAACGAAGAAAAUUGAUCGGGUCGAAACUUCCUUGAAGGAGUCAACCCGGGAUCUCUCCCUUUUCAAAUUCAAAUCCGGAUUCGUCGUCGCCGUUGUGUUGUUUAUGGUUUUCGGAUUUCUUAACAGUCUUUUUGAAGGGAAAGUUGUUGCUAAAUUGCCGUUUAUACCCUUUCGUCUUGUUCAGAAGAUGAGUCAUAGAGGGUUACCGGGUGAUGACAUGACGGAUUGUUCAAUGGCGUUUUUGUACUUCCUUUGUUCGAUUAGUAUCAGGACGAAUCUUCAGAAGUUCUUAGGGUUUUCACCUCCUCGUGGAUCUGCUGGAGCUGGGUUAUUCCCAAUGCCUGAUCCAAAGACCAAUUGAUAGAUCCAGCAGAACUGGACUUCAGCCAUUCAAGAAAUUCUCCGGACACACUAGUUAUACCUGCAUCAUGAUAUCAGCGGAUUGCAGUUGAAAAGUUGGCAGCUUUGAUGCUAAAGAUAUUCUCUGUAUCUUGGAAUAUCCAAAUUCAAGUGGUGUUUUACUUGGUACACAUCCUCGUUAUUCUAACUGAUUGUUUAUAGUCUGCGUCCUAGUUCUCUGCAAUGUACAACCCAACAGUCUGAAUGUAACUACUCAGCAGUUCAUUCAGACAAACGUUGGAAAGAAUUUGGUCUUUUUGGAAAAGAACUCUUUUUCUUUUUCAAUUAUAAACUGGUAGAUUUCGAGAACUUGGUGUAAAGAUAUUGCUCUUUGAUUUUGCGAGCUUGGUGUAAAGAUGUUGCUCCUUUUACAACAAGUAUAUCAAAUUGUUCUUA